GCAGCCUUACAACACUGUCUACAGCUCUUUGAGUCACGAUACAAGUACAUGAUGCUACAUUCUUUUACAUGAGAAAACCAGCUUUGAAGGGCAACUAUAAUAAGAACCUGCAAAAACUAGAGGUGAGAGCAACAGAGGCACUGAGAACACUACUGGCUUUGGCAUUGCAGUGUGAUAAACCGUUCCAGUCUGUGAUGGCGACUGCUGUGGUUACCCUCCUUUUCCUCUCAGGUCUCUUCUCCUCUUGUCAUGGCCAGGCUGGUCAGUACCACUACAUGUCUGAUCAACUCAACUGGACUGAAGCACAGAAUUACUGCAGGACACACUACAGUGACCUGGUCACCAUCAGAAGCCAAGCGGAACACACCAGAUUUAAGACGUAUUUAGGUGAUAAAGGACAAAAGUCUAUCUGGAUAGGGUUGUAUAAUGACAUAAAGAGCUGGAGAUGGUCUCUUGAUGACAAUGGUUUGGAGCAGAUAGGUUUUAGCAACUGGAGCAAAGGAGAGCCUGACAACAAAUUAGGUGUUCAGAGUUGUGGUGACUUCUAUGACGGCGCCUGGUCUGACACAUCCUGCACCAUCCAAUAUCCUUUUAUCUGCUAUGAUGAAAAAGAGAGCGCAGCAAAAUACAUCCUCAUCUCCGAGCCGAAGUCCUGGAAUGAUGCACAGGAGUACUGCCGUGAGCAUCACACAGACCUGGCCAGCUCCAGGAACCAGGAGGAGAACCGGUGGUUGGCAAGUUCAUCUGAUAACCGAACAAUGUGGAUCGGUCUGUUCAGGAACACCUGGAAGUGGUCUGGCCAGAGCAAGACCAGGUUCACAGCCUGGCACCCGAACUACUAUAAACAGGGUCAAUGAUGACUGUGCUGGUUAUUCAAAUGACUAUUGGUAUGACAGAUGGUGCUCAAACAGAUACAGCUUUGUUUGUCAGAGUGGUAAGUGUUCUACAAGCAUGCACUUAAAUUAUCUGUGUUUACAGUGUUUCUUUUGUGUCAGAUCACAGAUUGGGAAUCAAGAGCAGAUCCAGUCAAACUUGCAGAGAACACAUUUAUUUAACAAUAAUUCAGACGGCAGGCAAAAACACAGUCCAGGAACAGGCAGAGCUCAUAGGCAGACAGGCAGUCAGGUACAGGCAAACAAUCCAAAACGACAGGCAGAAGGCUUGGUCAAAAACAGGCAGGGUCCAGGGGCCUAU